AUGGCAAAUUCCGGCACCAAGUAUGUGUCUGUGAAUCUCAACAAGUCGUAUGGACAAAACUCCGCCGCUAUUGGAUCCACCCGAACGGCGGCACGACCUGCUGGUUCGGGUGGGGGUAUGGCGCUUUUGUCAAGGCCUCGAAGCUCGCAGAAGGUGGGGGCUAAGCUUUCCAUUCCGCCCCCCUUGAACCUCCCUUCGUUGCGGAAGGAGCAUGAACGGUUUGAUUCUCUUGGAUCGGGAGGAGGUCAAGCCGGAGGAGGUGGUUCCGGAAAUGGUUCGAGACCUUCUUCUUCUGGUAUGGGUUGGACGAAGCCUGCUGCUGUGGUUUUGCAAGAGAAAGAGACGAUUUUUCAGGAGGAUUUGCCUCGGUCUGCUAAGGCAGUUGGACUAGUUGCUCCUCCAUCUGUUUCCUCAGCGGUGUUGAGAGGAGAGGAUUUUCCUUCUUUGCGUGCCACGUUGGUGCCUCCUGCACCUGGGCCUAGUCAGAAUCAGAAGAUCCAAGAGAAUUUUAAUCAAAAGCCUAAGAAUUUCACUAAUGAGAAUCUAUCUCUUGAGCAGAAGAGUAAGGAUGUCGAGGCAGAUGCUAAUGGUAGUGCUAAUGCUUUUUCGCAUGUUAAUGUGAACGCCCGAUACAAUGUUCCUGGCACUGGGAGUUUUCCUGUUGAGAAUGGCCGUGAGAAUAGAGGUUUUAUUGGCUCUCGAGGGCCGAAUCAAAGCAGAGGUGGUGGGAUGAAUCAGGAUGAGUUUUUUCCGGGUCCUUUGCCUCUGGUAAGGUUGAACCCUAGGUUUGAUUGGGCUGAUGAUGAGCGUGAUACUGGUCAUGGUUUCACUGAGCGGAGUAGAGAGGGCAGGGAUCAUGGUUUUUCAAAAAAUGAUGCUUUUUGGGAUUUUGAUAUGCCUCGGGUUGGCAUUGUGCCACAGAAGUAUGGUACUGGUUUUGAUAAGAGGGGACCGCUGCGGGGCAAUGAAGCUGGUAAGGUUUCUUCUAGUGAAGUUCCUAAGAUGGACCCUUAUGAUAGAAUGCCUGGAAGGGAAGGGAAUUCGUCUAGUUCCUCAUCGUGGAGGAGUUCGUCUCUUUCUAAAGAUGGAUUUGGUGUGAAAGAUGCAGCUGGGAAUGAUAAGAAUGGUGUUGGUGGUGCAAGGCCUUCCAGUGGAAAUAAAGAUGCAGGGAAGGAUAAUAAGUAUAAUUCGUCCCCUUAUAGAGAGGUUAUUCAUGACGAUUCUGGAAGGAGGGAUGCAGGGUAUGGGCAAGGUGUGAAACAACCUUGGAAUAAUAUGGCACAAUCAUAUGGUGAACGAAAUGGGAUGCGUGAUCAUCGGCAUGUUGCUGGUGAUCAAUAUAAUAGGAAUAGAGUUGAUUCUUCACAGAGCUCGGUGUCGAAGUCUUCAUUUUCUUUAGGUGGUAAAGGGCUUUCUGUUAAUGAUCCUUUGCUUAAUUUUGGCAGAGAAAAACGCAAUUUACCAAAGAGUGAAAAGACUUACGGGGAAGAUUUUGCAGCGUCUGCUUUUGAUGGGAAGGAUAUAUUUUCAACAGGUCUUGUCGGAGUGGUGAAGAAGAAGAAGGAUGUACUCAAGCAAACUGAUUUCCAUGAUCCUGCUAGAGAAUCUUUUGAGGCUGAGCUUGAAAGGGUUCAGAGACUGCAAGAACAAGAGCGGCAGAGAAUCAUUGAAGAGCAAGAAAGGGCAGUGGAGUUUGCUCGCAGAGAAGAGGAGGAAAGAUUAAGACUAGCUAGAGAACAUGAAGAGAGGCAAAGAAGGUUGGAGGAAGAAGCAAGAGAGGCAGCAUGGAGAGAAGAACAAGAUAGGAUUGAAGCUUUGCAGAAGGCUGAAGAGCAGAGGCUAGCAAGGGAAGAAGAGAAACAAAGAUUGCUUUUAGAAGAGGAGAGGAGGAAACAAGCUGCUAAGCAAAAGCUUUUAGAACUGGAGCAAAAGAUUGCUAGGCGGCAGGCUGAAGCAGCCAAAGGUUACAAUAAUGCUCCAGUUAUUGUGGACGAUAAAAUGCCUGGAAAUGUGAAUGAAAGAGAUGCAUCCAGGGCUACAGAUGUAGGUGAUUGGGAGGAUAGUGAAAGAAUGGUGGACAGGAUAUUAACUUCGGCAUCUUCUGAUUCAUCAAGUGUUAAUAGGCCACUGGAGAUGGGUUCUAGGUCUCAUUUUCCGAGAGAUUUGUCUUCCACCUUCGUUGAUAGAGGUAAACCAGUUAAUUCAUGGAGAAGAGAUGGAUAUGAGAGCUGGAGUAGUCCGGCAUUCUAUUCACAGGAUCAAGAGAAUAGUCACAACAGUCCUCGUAGAGACUCAUCUAUCGGUGGAAAGCCAUUCAUGAGGAAAGACUAUAAUGGUGGUGCUGGAUUAAUGUCUUCAAGGACAUACUAUAAAGGAGGGAUUUCAGAGGCUCAUUUAGAUGAAUAUGCUCAUGUUAAAGCCCCAAGGUGGAAUCAACCUGCAGAAGUAGAUCAUGUUGGCAGAAAUACAGACGUGCAUUCUGAUUUUAAUGAAAAUUUUGUUGAAAGAUUUGAUGGUUGGGCACAGAAUCGUCCCCGUAGCAAUGCAUUUCCUCCAUUCCCUGACCGUCCUUACCAGAACUCUGAAUCAGAUGGGCCUUAUGCCUUGGGGAGGUCCCGGUAUUCUGUUAGGCAGCCGCGUGUUCUCCCCCCUCCGCUUGCUUCAGUUCACAGAACUUACAGGAGUGGAAAUGAGCACACCGCUUCUUCUGCAUUCCUAGAAAAUGAGAUGCCGUAUAAUCAGGCAACAAGGAGUGACUCUACAAUGCCAACUGGUUAUGACAAUGGGAAUCAUGGGCAACCUGAAAUAGUCAAACCCCUCCAAGAGGUUGCUGAGAAUGAGGACCAUAAAGUGGAGGCCACACCAAGGUGUGAUUCUCAGUCUUCACUCUCUGUUUCAAGCCCCCCUAGUUCACCAACACAUCUUUCUCACGAUGAUCUCGAUGACUCCGGGGACUCUUCUGCAAUAGUGACUUCUGAAGAAAACAAAAACGGCCCUGUAUCAGUUCCAGGUAAUGAAUCCAUUGCAACACCUGCUGCAGAUGGUAAAGAGAAUGUAGUUACUUCAUGUGCUGUCUCUAGUGGUGAUGAUGAUGAAUGGGCAUCUGAGAAUAAUGAGCAGCUCCAAGAACAAGAAGAAUAUGAUGAAGAUGGAGAUUACCGGGAAGAAGAGGAAGUGCAUGAAGGAGAUGAUAAUGCUGGCCUCCACCAGGAUUUUGAAAAUAUGCAUUUGCAAGAAAAAGAAUUGCCGCAUUUGAUGGAUAACCUUGUAUUAGGGUUUGAUGAGGGUGUUCAGGUUGGGAUGCCCAAUGAGGAGUUUGAAAGGGUACAGCAGGCUUCUGACAUCGCUCUCGAAGCACCUUUUGACAAUUCAUGCAAUGAUGGCAAAGUCCUUCAACCUGUUGACGAUACCUCUAAGGUAAAUCUCAAUAGUUCUUCUACUUUAUUCCAGGAAUCAGAAAAGCAACCUCCAAAUGUUGCAUCUGAUAGUUUGGGUAAUGUGGAAGCUUCCAUUGGCUUCUCUGCCAAUCAUAGUACACCAUCUUCAGUUAUUAUUGGCCCACACUACACAUCUUCGGGUCAAAUUGUUACGUCUGCUGCUCCAGGUCAAGCCGAGUUACCCAUUAAGCUUCAAUUCGGUCUUUUUUCUGGUCCAUCAUUGAUACCUUCUCCAGUACCAGCCAUACAAAUAGGUUCUAUACAGAUGCCACUGCAUCUGCAUCCACAGGGGAUGAUGCCUCUAGGUGCUCAAUCAAUGUCGUUUGUUCAGCCUAAUAUCCCAUCUGGUUUCCCUUUUAAUCAUAACUCUGCAAGCCAAAUGCCAGUUCAAAGUGGUCCAGUGUCUUCUGAGUCGUUUAUUAAGAAUGAUAUCAGGCAUCAGUCUGUUCUUGGCCAACCAGGUAAUUCAAGAAGUUUAUCUCAUGGUUCACUGGCAAGUGAAAAUGCAGAAAAUUUGGCUGGAGUAAAGCAGGGACAAAUUAAUGCUCCUCCCCAUGAUGUUAAUAAUGGCACAAGGACUGCUUCUAGUUUCCAAUUGGACAAGCGUGGGAGCCAAAAUGUAGUUGGAAAGAGCAGCAGCACUUCAUCCAAUGCUAAACACUCAGAAGUUCAGCCUCAUAUCAAAGAUGCACUUCUUCAUUCAGUUUCAGAAGAGAAGGAUUUAAUGGAGUCAAAAGCGCGGUUUCCUGUAUCUGGUGGUAGAGGACAGAGAUAUGUCUAUACAGUAAAAACUUCAAGCUCAAAAUCAUCAGCUCCAGGUCCAGGUCCAGGUCCAGCUUCCAGGGUUAAUCGAACAGACUCCAGAGGAUUUAUGAGGAGGCCUAAUAGGAACACACAGCGCACCGAGUUCCGAGUUCGGGAAAAUGCGGAUAAAAGGCAGCCUUCAAAUUCUUUUCCAACUGAUCAGUUUGGGUUGGACCACCAGUCAAAUGUCACUGGAAGGGGAAUAGGCAUGUCUGGAAGAACUGGAUCUAGGAAGUCUUUCACCAGUAAAAUGGGAAAACAACCUGUAGAAUCAAUGGGAGAAAGUUCACAUGGCAUGGAUUCUGGAAGCAGAGCUGAGAGGGUUGAAGGAAAAGAAUCAACAAAGGCUCAGAGCAUUUCACAUUCUGGGCAUAGUAAUCUCAAAAGAAACUUGUGUUCUGAGGAAGAUGUCGAUGCUCCAUUGCAAAGUGGAAUUAUACGUGUGUUUGAGCAACCUGGAAUUGAAGCUCCCAGUGAUGAAGACGACUUCAUAGAGGUCAGGUCGAAGAGGCAAAUGAUAAAUGAUCGGCGAGAGCAAAGAGAGAAAGAAAUCAAGGCUAAAUCUCGUGUUGCAAAGCUGCCACGGAAAACCCGUUCCGCCUCACAAAGUACCGUGACCAUGGCCAAUUCAAGCAAAGGAUCCAUUUCUACUGGUGAAGUGUCUGCUGCUGCCGAUGGGCACCGAAUGACAAAGAGUGAUUCCUCAUCUGGAUAUAAUCCAAACUUACUGUCCCAGGCACUUCCUCCUAUAGGCACGCCUACUACGAAACUUGAUGCCCAGCCUGAUCUAAGAUCUCAAACGAACAGAUCACUUCAUACAAGCCUCCCAUCAGUUUCUGGUCGUGAAAGCAAGAACAAGGUCCAUGAAAAUGUUCAGACAUCUUUGGGCUCUUGGGGCAAUGUGCAAAUUAGCCAGCAGGUCAUGGCGCUGACACAGACACAACUCGACGAGGCUAUGAAGCCUCAGCAGUUUGAUUCACAGGCAUCUAGUGCCAAUAUGGCAGCUUCUGUUACUGAAUCCAGCAUGCCAGCACCAUCCAUUUUGAUAAAAGAGAAAGCAUUCUCAUCUGCUGCCAGUCCAAUAAAUUCCUUGCUUGCUGGAGAGAAAAUUCAAUUUGGUGCAGUGACAUCUCCAACUGUUCUUCCUCCUAGCAGCCGUGGUGUGUCCCAUGGUAUUGGCCCCCCUCGAUCAUCUAGAUCAGACAUGCAAAUAUCCCACAACCUUGCUGGAUCGGACAAUAAUUGCAGUCUUUUCUUUGAGAAAGGGAAGCAUGAUAAUGAAUCUCACGGCCAUUUAGAAGAUUGUGAUGCGGAAGCUGAAGCCGAGGCAGCUGCAUCUGCUGUUGCUGUUGCUGCCAUUGGUAGUGAUGAGACUGUUGGAAAUAGGUUGGGUACUUGUUCUGUCUCAGUCUCAGAUGCUAAAAGUUUUGUAGCUGAAGAUAUUGAUAGGGUAGUAGCAGCAGGAGUAGGUCGUGAGCAGCAAUCUGCUAGCCAAUCUAGAUCUGAGGAGCCUCUUAGUGUAUCUCUUCCUGCUGAUUUAUCUGUUGAGACACCACCAAUUUCCCUGUGGCCUGCUUUACCAAAUGCACAAAAUUCUUCAGGCCAGAUGAUCUCACAUUUUCCUGCUGUCCCUCCUCAUUUUCCUUCUGGUCCACAUUCUCAUUUUCCUUUCUAUGAAAUGAAUCCUAUGAUGGGUGGUCCCGUGUUUGCUUUUGGACCACAUGAUGAGUCUGCAUCUACAACACAGUCGCAACCUCAAAAAACUACCGCACCAACAUCAAGGCCAAUUGGGGGCUGGCAACAGGGUCAUUCUGGCGUGGAAUCCUUUUAUGGUCCUCCAACAGGAUUUACUGGACCUUUUAUUGCUCCGCCUGGAGGCAUUCCAGGAGUCCAAGGGCCUCCACACAUGGUUGUUUAUAACCAUUUUGCACCUGUUGGACAAUUUGGUCAAGUUGGCUUGAGUUUCAUGGGUACGACUUAUAUCCCAUCUGGAAAGCAGCCUGAUUGGAAACACAUCCCUACAACUUCUGCAGCAGGGACUAGUGAAGGGGAUAUGAACAAUAUGAAUAUGACAUCUUCUCAGAGGAAUCCUGCUAGCAUGCCUUCUCAAAUUCAACAUCUUGCUCCUGGUUCACCUCUUCUGCCAAUGGCAUCUCCAGUGGCUAUGUAUGAUGUUUCUCCUUUUCAGCACUCUACUGAGAUGUCAGUGCAAGCUCGAUGGCCACAUGUUCCUAAUGCACCACUCUCAUCUAUUCCACCAUCAAUGCCAUUGCAUCAACAAGAGAGUGUUCAGACUUCUCAGAUGAGCCAUGGCCCUUCAGUUGACCAGCCACUAAAUGUCAAAAGAUUUACUGGUUCUCGGACUUCAACAUCUUCUGACAGUGAUAGGAAUUUUUCUAGAGCAGCUGAUGUAAAUGUCAACCAAUUACCUGAAGAACUUGGAUUAGUGGAAACUUCAAAUUCCACUACUUCUAAGACUUCAUCUAAGGGUAUUAUUAAUAAGACUCCAUCUGAGAAAACUAGUACAAAUGCUGCUGCCAAAGUAGACGGUCAGAAUGGAAAUAGCAGCAAAAGUAAUAACCAGAAUGCAAGUUCUAGUUACCGGACUCAGCCCUCGCAACAAAUCAAUGUUUCAGCCCAGCAGCAGCAUUAUGAUCAUUCUUCGGGACAUGGUAAUUAUCAGAGAGGAGGAGGUGGUGGUGUUUCUCAGAGAAAUAGUUCUGGCGGUGAAUGGUCCCAUCGUAGAUACCAUGGAAGAAACCAAUCUUUGGGCGGGGAUAAGAACUUUUCCUCGGCAAAGGUCAAACAAAUUUAUGUGGCAAAGCAGACUAUUAGUGGGUCAUCAACAGUGUCAUAA